UAAAAUAGGAGUCAAUGUAACAGCCCUAUGUUGUUCAAUUUUAGUAUUAAGCUAAACUUCAUACAAUGAACAUGCUUCCUGCCGUGUUAAUUCUAUUGAAUUUAAAUUACAUUAUAUGCGACACUGAUGGCGGGAAAGCGCCAAGGAUACCUUUGAAUGAUGGAAAUUUAAUGCCUGCUAUUGGAUUGGGGACGAUUGGCUUUGACGAAAACGGACAUGAACAAGAUGAAGAAGUGGAGAAACCUGUGACUUGGGCUCUUAAUGCUGGAUAUAGAAUGAUAGACACAGCCUCCGGCUACGAAAAUGAAGAAGAUGUUGGUAGAGGGAUCCUUAACUCUAAUGUACCAAGGGAACAGGUUUUCAUUGUUACUAAGCUCGGUUUGAGUGAACAAAGAGAUGUUCUGCAAUCCUUACGAGGUUCCCUGAAACGUCUGAACACUUCGUAUGUCGAUUUGUAUCUGAUAAGCAAUCCAAUUGCGUUGAAGCCCGACGACAAUAGCUUUGAUAUCAUAGACUAUUUAGACACUUGGAAGGGCAUGGAGGAGGCGAAACGCCUCGGCCUCGCCAAGUCCAUAGGUGUUUCUAACUUCAACAUAAGUCAGAUGGAGCGUCUAUUAUCGAAUUGUGAGAUACGACCAGCUGUUCUGCAGGUUGAGGUGCACCUAAAUUUGGCCCAAAACGAACUCCAUGAAUUUACAAAACGAGAAAAUAUCGCUUUAAUGGGCUUCCUGCCAUUUGGGCCUCUAUACGACAAGACUGGUGUACCGCCUCCUCCCAGGAUUGAUGACGUAACAAUGGUGGAACUGGCCAAGAAAUAUAAGAAGACAGUACCCCAAAUUGCGCUACGGUAUUUGGUACAACGAGGUAUUUCUCCCAUUCCACACUCAAUGGGUAAAGAGAAAAACGAAGAAAAUAUCGACAUAUUUGAUUUUGAACUGACCGAACCGGAUAUGAUUACUUUGAGUCAAUUCAAUAAAAACUAUCGCGUUGUUUUGCCUAGUUUUUGGCAGGACCAUCCUUAUUAUCCUUUUGAAAGGAAAGAGAAUCCAGAUAAUUAAAAACCAACCUCUAAAUAAAUUGAGAUCUUUAACUGUAGAAGUUUAAAAUUAGUUUAAUUCAUUGAGUAUUUUUUUCAUGGGAUUCAUUAUUCCGUAUUUAUGUACGAUAUUUGAGGAUCCCAUUCUUAAAUUUUAAUUAAUAAAUGACUUAGAAAUAACAACUGUAUCGACAGGAAACAUGUUGGGAUUGGGUAAAAUAAAGAGAAAAAAUA